AUGGGUUUUUCUAGCUUUGUCCCAUGCAUUUUAAUGCUUGUAAUUCAACUAGCUUAUGCUGGUAUGAAUGUAACAUCCAAGCUGGCUAUUGUUGGUGGAAUGAAUCCUCUCAUCCUUGUGGCGUAUAGGCAGAUAUUUGGCACUGUUUCCAUCGCUCCUUUUGCUUAUUUUCUCGAACGUGAUAUGGUUCCAAGAAUGACCAAGCGGAUUAUGAUUCAGAUUUUUUUAUCUUCAGUAACAGGAGUAACAGGAAAUCAGGUUCUUUAUUUUCUGGGACUAAAAUAUUCAACAGCAACAAUUGCAUGUGCACUCACAAACUUACUCCCAGCUUUCACAUUUGUCCUUGCAAUCUUGUGCAGGCAAGAGAAUUUGGCCAUAAAGAAAAAAAAUGGUAUUGCAAAGGUGGUGGGAACAGUGUUGUGUGUGGGAGGAGCAAUUCUUUUGUCAUUUUACCAUGGGAAAGUGAUUGGUAUUGGAGAAUCAAGUAUUCACUGGGGCUAUGCUGAGAGAAUUCAAAGUGGUGAUGGUGGUAACUCUUCUGGUUCUAGCUCGGGCUCUCUUUUAGGCCCGGUUCUGUUGAUUCUUAGUGCUCUCAUUUGGUCUUCAUGGUUUAUCAUUCAGGCGGAUAUGAGCAAGAAUUUUCCAGUGCCUUAUACAAGCACAGCUUACAUGUGUGUCUUGGCCAGCGUCCAGUGCGUGUUCAUUGCUUUGUGUAUUGAUCACAAGGCUUCAUCCUGGUCACUCCAUGACACUAUGAGACUCACAUCUUCAAUUUACGCGGGAGUAAUUUGCACCGGGCUGACGUAUUGUGUGAUUUCAUGGACGAUAGAGAGAAAAGGGCCACUUUAUGUGUCUGUAUUCACUCCUCUGCAGCUUAUUCUUACCGCGAUUAUUAGCUGGGCUUUUCUCAGUGAGAAGUUGUAUCUCGGAACCGCGCUUGGAUCGCUAUUGAUUGUUUUUGGGCUAUAUGGUGUGCUAUGGGGUAAGAGCCAAGAAGGUGAUAGCAACAAACUGGAUGAUGCUGCUGAUCAAGAUGAAGGUAUCAAGAGAGAUGAUAUGGAAAUGCAAUCUUAUGGUAAUGGCAAUGGUAUUGGUCACAUGUGA